AUGUCGUCUUUUUCACUUUUAAGACUUUCAGGCGGCUGUAGAAGUCAUGUUCUGAGGAAGUCGUCCGAAGGUCGCUCAAUUUUCCAGAAAAGAAGUCAUGCUUGGAUAGUGAGAAAGAGUCCAUUAAGUCCAGUCUGCAAGUACAAAAAUAUAUCACAACUUGGAUCACAGCAACGGUUUUUCCACAAUUCGCAUAUCAAAGCUGCUACAACUACUCUUAAAGAUGCCGGCAUUAAAACAGACGAUCGCUCACAAAAGGGAGCAUUAAGUAGUCCGCCAGCACCUUAUACGACCCCAAAGACUGGAUUACUGUCAAUACUUCCCUCGUCAUGGGUUCCAUACGCAGAGCUCAUCAGACUUGAUAAGCCAACUGGAACCUACUACCUUUUCUUCCCUUGUCUCUUCUCGACACUCCUUGCUGCACCCAUGGCUGUUCCUAUGGCAUCGCCUCUGUCAGUGGUUGGCACUUCGCUCCUUUUCUUCAGUGGCGCACUCAUCAUGCGAGGAGCUGGAUGCACCAUCAACGAUCUUUGGGAUCGCAACCUCGACCCUCAUGUUGCACGAACACGGCUUCGUCCUAUUGCACGUGGUGCAGUAACCCCUUUUAACGCGCUUGUCUUUACCGGCGCUCAACUUUUGACUGGACUUGGUAUUCUCGUUCAAUUCCCAACACAAUGUCUCUUUUACGGCAUUCCUAGUCUGCUCCUCGUCGCCUCAUAUCCUCUUGCAAAAAGAGUAACUUACUACCCACAAUUCGUCCUAGGGCUCACUUUCUCAUGGGGUGCGAUGAUGGGAUUUCCCGCGUUGGGAGUGGAUCUUCUGCAAAACAAUGCGGCAUUAGCAGCGGCAACAUGCCUCUAUACAUCGAAUAUCGCGUGGACCGUGUUGUACGACAUGAUAUAUGCGCAUAUGGAUAUCAAAGACGAUGCGAAAGCUGGAAUCAAAAGUAUUGCUUUACGGCACGACGCCCAAACGAAACAAAUUUUGAGCGGUCUAGCUGUUACCCAAAUCGGACUAUUAGCAGCUGCUGGUGUUGCGGCAGGCGCUGGCCCUGUUUUCUUCGUUGGGGGUUGUGGUGGUGCAGCCCUCACACUAGCUGUGAUGAUCAAAAGGGUCAAUCUAAAAAGCGUCAAAGAUUGUUGGUGGUGGUUUGUUAACGGUUGUCUCCUCACCGGAGGGGUCAUCUCAGCCGGCCUAGGAGGCGACUAUCUUUUGCGGUAUUACCAGCUCGAGGACAAGAAGAAAAUUCGAGAGGAGGUUGUAUAA